AUGUCGAUCGAGAUUGAAAAGAUCUUGGCCGCGGCCCCGGCUACAACGCGCGGGCAGCCCACCCAACUGUCGUGCGAUCCCAAGGGCCAGCGUAUCGCUUAUGCUUCCGGCAAGUCCAUCUUCCUGCGCAACAUCGACGACCCGUCUAUCUGCAAGCAAUACACUGGGCACACGGCGACAACGACAGUAGCCAAGUUCUCGCCGUCCGGCUUCUGGGUCGCGUCCGGCGAUGUGUCCGGCAAGGUCCGCGUGUGGGAUGCCGUCGAGGCAGUCAACACCAAGGGCGAGUACGCUAUCAUCUCGGGCCGUAUCAACGAUUUGGCCUGGGAUGGAGACAGCCAGCGCAUCAUUGCUGUCGGCGAUGGUCGCGAGCGCUUCGGCCACUGCAUUACCUACGACUCCGGGAACAGUGUGGGCGAGGUUAGCGGACAUAGCAAGGUGGUCAAUGCAGUUGCUAUCCGGCAGCAGAGGCCGCUGCGUGCCGCGACGGUUUCGGAUGAUGCUACCAUGUGCUUCCUUCACGGUGCGCCGUUCAAGUUUGCGAACAAGGCCGCUGGCUUGCACCGCGGCUUCGUGAUGGGUACUGCCUUCAGCCCAGACGGCUCGAAGCUGGUCACUGUCGGCCAGGACCGUCGGAUCCAGCUGUACGAUGGCAAGACGGGCGAGCCGACCCGCCAGAUCGGCGAGGGCGUGCACACCGGCAGUAUCUUUGCCGUCAGCUGGGCUUCCGACUCGAAGCGCUUCGUAACUGCCAGCGCCGACCAGACCGUGCGCGUAUGGGACGCCGAAUCAGGCGAGAACACCGCAACUUGGCGCAUUGGCGGCGACGAAGUCAACGUCUCCUACCAACAAGUCGGCGUCGUCUGGCCUCCAGGCCGCUCCGACGGGCUGAUCAUCAGCCUGAGCCUGAACGGCGACCUGAACUAUCUCGUCGAGGGCAAAGACCAACCCAUCCGCAUCGUCCAAGGCCACAACAAGAGCGCAACCUGCCUAACCGUUGCCUCCUCCACCGGCGGCAACACCCUUUUCACAGGCAGCUUCGACGGUAAGAUCUGCGCCUGGGACGUCCCCUCUGGCACCGCCUCCGCCGUCGACGGCCAGUCCCACUCCAAUCAAGUCGCGCAAUUCGCCUCGCCCCCCGGAGGCAAGACCUACUCCGUCGGUUGGGACGACACGCUCCGCACAAUUGACGAAUCCACCACCUCCUUUAUCGGCACUCCCCUUUCUCUAGGUGCCCAGCCCAAGGGUAUCUCCGCCAGCACAUCCACACACCUUUUCCUCGCGCUCAGUGACUCCCUCUCUGUCUACAUUCUCACCUCCGGCACCCCAUCCUUGCUAACGUCCCUCCCCCUGUCCCAACCCCCAUCCGCCAUCGCCGCCCACGACUCUCUCAUCGCCCUCGGCUCGUCCUUAAACAACACCCUGCAGAUUUACACCCUCUCCGGCAGCUCCUUGUCCUUGACAACCACCCUGACGAACUCCACAACCCCCAUCUCGUCCCUCUCCUUCUCUCCGUCAGGCACCCACCUAGCAGCCGGCAACGCCGGCGGGAAAAUCCUCGUCUUUUCCACCUCCGACUGGAGCGUCGCGACCGACCGAUGGACGGCACACACCGCACGAGUGGUUGCGUUGGCGUGGAAUGCGGAGGGCAAACAUGUGGUGAGUGGAGGGUUGGAUACCAAUUUACAUGUGUGGAGUCUGGAGAAGCCGGGGGCGCGAUGGAAGGCGGCGAAUGCGCAUAAGGAGGGGAUAUUUGGGGUUGGGUGGGUGGGAGACGAUAGGGUGGUGAGUGUCGGGGGUGAUGCGGCGGUGAAGGUUUGGAAGGUCGUCUUAAAUAAGUAA